CCUGGUCAUCUGUUAUACGUGUGACCAAGUUGCUAACUAACCACAAGCUGGUUGUUUUUCAGGGACUUGGCAUCUGGUUGAGUCCCCUGGAGUGUGCAUCUGCUGAAUCAUAAUAGUUUUAUAAUGAUGGCGACAUCCCUAGACAAAUACAGUUUACACUUUUAUCCAUAUUCCCUUGUGCAAAGAGCACCUCCCUGGAGGCAACCUUUUAGUACAUAAAUACUGAUAGCAUUUGUGUGCCAACCCUAUACAUUUACAUGUUAUCAGGUUAGUUUGCAUGAACACACAGACACGGCUGACUUUCCGCGAAAAGCAAUCAAUACCUAUCCCUGUUGACCCUGUUGGCAGCAGCAGACGGUCGAAAUUUACCUGCCGGGCUGCAGCAAUGUCUCAGAUGUUUAACACCACUCCGGCGGAUAUCUGCUGUGCCUUCGAGUCGCCCAUCCUGGAUAAGCUCUUGCCUCCCAUCCUUAUACUGGAGUUCAUCUUUGGGCUGCUGGGGAACAUAGUGGCACUGUGGAUGUUCGUCUUUCACAUGGACAGCUGGAAGCCCAACUCGGUGUACCUCACCCACCUGGCCGUGGCCGACACCAUCGUGCUCUUCUGCCUGCCCUUCCGGGCCGACUACUACCGCAGGGGUAAAGACUGGCUGUACGGUGACAUCCCCUGUAGGAUCUUACUGUUCCUUCUGGCCGCCAACCGCGCCGCAGGGAUUUUCUUUCUCACAGCAGUGGCUGUUGAUCGCUACUUGAAGAUCGUCCAUCCUCUGCACCCCAUCAACCGCAUGGGGCUGGGCUACGCGCUAUGGGUGUCCCUGUCCUUGUGGGGGCUGAUCGUCCUCGCCACAGGAUACCUGCUCUCUGACAGCCACUUCUUCUACCGCAACAACCGCACCCAGUGUGAGAGCUUCAACAUCUGCAUGGGAUACAGCCCUCUGUCCACCUGGCACAACACCUUCUACGUGGUCCAGUUCUUCCUACCCACGGCCAUCGUGGCGUUCUGCACUAUCAGCAUCUUGUGGCAGCUGAGAACCAAGACCAUCGACAGCAGCGGGAAGAUCAAGCGGGCCGUGCAGUUUGUGCUGGCCGUGGCAUUGAUCUUCGUCACCUGCUUCUUCCCCAGCACGAUAUCCCGCGUCGCUGUGUGGAUCCUCAAGAACUGGUACAGCGAGUGCGUUCACUUCAGAGAGGCUAACCUGGCGUUCUAUACGUCGGUGUGCUUCACCUACUUCAACAGCGUCCUCAACCCUCUGGUGUACUACUUCUCCAGUCCCUCGUUCAGCGGCAUCUUUCAGAAACUUCUCAACAAGCUGCUGGGGAGGAAGGAAGAAGAAGAGCAGGUUUCAACGGUGACUGCUGUAAGGAUCUAG